GCCCGGCCGGCGGGGACCCGGCGGAGCGCUCGCGCGUCAAACCACAUGAUCCCAUAAAACAUUCAUCCGCUCCCGGCCGGCUGCCCUCGCCUCCGCGCCGCCGCCCGACAGCCCAGCCGACCGGGCGGAGCGUGCAGCCUCGUCCCGCGGCCGGGCCGGGGCCGGGCCGGAGCUGCGGCGCCUGGAUGCGGACCCGGCCGCGGGGAGACGGGCGCCGGCCCCGGAGCGACUUUCGGUCCCCGACGCGCCCUGCCCGACCCCUAAGAUGAAGAGGGCGUCCGCCGGAGGGAGCCAGCUGCUGGCCUGGGUGCUGUGGCUGCAGGCGUGGAGUGUGGCGGCGCCGUGCCCGGGUGCCUGUGUGUGCUACAACGAGCCCAAGGUAACCACAAGCUGCCCGCAGCAGGGUCUCCAGGCCGUGCCUGCCGACAUCCCGGCUGCCAGCCAGCGCGUCUUCCUGCACGGCAACCGCAUCACAUACGUGCCAGCCGCCAGCUUCCAUGCCUGCCGCAACCUCACCAUCCUGUGGCUGCACUCGAACGCGCUGGCCCACAUCGACGCCGCCGCCUUCACUGGCCUGGCGCUCCUGGAGCAGCUGGACCUCAGCGACAACGCACAGCUGCAUGCCGUGGACCCUGCCACGUUCCAGGGCCUGAGCCGCCUGCACACACUGCACCUGGACCGCUGUGGCCUGCAGGAGCUGGGUCCCGGCCUGUUCCGUGGCCUGGCUGCCCUGCAGUACCUCUACCUGCAGGACAACGGGCUACAGGCACUGCCCGACGACGCCUUCCGCGACCUGGGCAACCUCACGCACCUCUUCCUGCACGGCAACCGCAUUUCCAGCGUGCCCGAGCGCGCCUUCCGCGGCCUGCACAGCCUCGACCGCCUUCUGCUGCACCAGAACCGUGUGGCCCGCGUGCACCCGCACGCCUUCCGGGACCUCGGCCGUCUCAUGACACUCUACCUGUUUGCCAACAACCUCUCUGCACUGCCCGCGGAGGCCCUGGCACCACUGCGGGCCCUGCAGUACCUGCGGCUCAAUGACAACCCCUGGGUGUGCGACUGCCGGGCGCGCCCGCUCUGGGCCUGGCUGCAGCAAUUCCGCGGCUCCUCAUCCGAGCUGCCCUGCAGCCUGCCCCCGCGCCUGGCUGGCCGCGACCUCAAGCGCUUGGCCACUGCCGACCUGGAGGGCUGCGCUGUGGCCGCCAGACCGUCCCGUCCCUUCUGGACCGGCGGGCCUGCCGAUGAGGAGCUGCUGGGGCUGCCCAAGUGCUGCCAGCCGGACGCUGAGGACAAGGCCUCGGUGCUGGAGGCCGGGAGUCCGGCCUCGGCUGGCAACGCACUAAAGGGACGUGUGCCAUCUGGUGACAGCCCGCCAGGCAACGGCUCUGGCCCACGACACAUCAACGACUCCCCAUUCGGGACCCUGCCUGGCUCGGCCGAACCCCCACUGACCGCGGUGCAGCCUGAGGGCUCCCAGCCACCGGAGCCCCCCACCACGGGCCCUCGCCGGCGGCCAGGUUGUUCCCGCAAGAACCGCACACGCAGCCAGUGCCGUCUGGGCCAGGCGGGUGGCGGGGGUGCCGGGGCUGGCGGGGCUGGUGGGGUGGAGGGCUCGGGUGCCCUGCCUGGCCUCGCCUGCAGCCUCGCCCCCCUGGGCCUCGUCCCCCUGGGCCUUGCGCUGGUGCUGUGGACAGUGCUCGGGCCCUGUUGACCAGCCACUGAGCGCAAAGCCUCUCUCAGCAGCCAGGUGUGUGUACAUACGGGGUCCCUUCCCACUGCCAGCCAGCCCCGGGUGGCAGGCCCUCCCUGACGGCGCCUCCCGCCUGCCCACCUGCCCGUCCCAUCUCCACCCCGUCAUGUUUACAGGGCGUGGUUGGGGCGUUUGUUCCAGAACGCCGCCUCCCGCCCGGAUCGCGAUAUAUAGAGAUAUGCGUUUUAUUUUACUUGUGUAAAAAUAUUGGACGAUGUGGAAUAAAGAGCUCUUUUCCUAA